CAGCUCAAAAGAGCGAUCACUCACACACACGCUGCACACACAGCUCGCAGGCAGACGCGGGACGCACGCUGGUGUCAGAGCGGAGCAGGAGCGGAGCGCAGGGCUUGUGAAGCGGAGAGCGGCGCGGCAUGAGCGGUCCGUCAGACAGGAGAAGACCGGUCGUUUAUUUCCGUGCCCGACUGUUUCCAGUUUGAUUUCUUGGGAAAGCUGCACCCGACGCUGGGAACGCGGCGGUGGGCUUCAGAUCGCUGCAGGAGAAGCGACCCCAGCGUGCGUAAAAUACGCAGGAGCGGCAGAGGAGGAGAUACUCGGACAGACUGGGGAGCCUGUCUCGGAACUUGACGCGACUCUGCAGCCGCUGUCCAGACUGUCCACAAGAACUUUGCUCCCUCAGUGUUUCUCGGAUGAGUUUUUAGAGUAUCACUCCGAUGUUCUUGUUUCCCAGCGAAUGGUCCUGUAGUAACAUCGGGGGUUCUUUUAUUUAAAAGGUUUCUAGAUUUUGGCUUCGACCGAAGUGGAUGUGGAUUUUUGUGUUUUUGAGCAACUGCAGCGUUUAAAUCCAACAAAGUGGAAACAGCAGACACUCAAUUGUUUUGUGUUAUUAUUUUUUUGUUUUUGUUUUUGUUUUUUGAUUUUUUGUUUUUUUGCCUGAUCCGAGAUGGAUUUUCCCACCACGCUGGUUGGAUUUUUAAUAACACUGUGUCACUUAGGAUGUGGAGUCGGAGGACAGAGCGAUUCAGAUUGUGGAGGCGUCUUGGACGCCAGCAAGCCCGGUUACAUCACCUCGCCUGGUUAUCCUCUGGAGUACCCGCCUCAUCAGAACUGCCACUGGGUCAUCCAGGCGCCGGAGACCUCGCAGCGCAUCGUCCUCAACUUCAACCCUCACUUCGAGAUCGAGAGGCUCGACUGCAAGUAUGACUUCAUAGAGAUCCGCGAUGGGACCUCAGAAACCGCUGACGUUUUGGGUCGACACUGCAGCAACAUCGCCCCGCCGCCCAUCAUCUCGUCUGGGCCCUUGAUCCAGAUCAGAUUCGUCUCAGAUUAUGCCCAUCAGGGCGCGGGGUUCUCUCUACGCUACGAGAUCUUUAAAACAGGUGAGGAAAUGAUGAUCUGUGGGACCCAAAGACCUGGAUUCACUGCCCCCCAAUUUAUAUUAGCAGAAGCCAAAUGGAUAUGAUCAGACAAAGAGAAG